AGGGAUGCAUCCAAUAGAGUAUCCCACCAUAUCUUAUAGAAACUUCAUUCCGCUUCAUUCAUUCCAAAAGACACUUACUUUUUCACUCUGAACGCAGGAACAUUGGCAGCGGAAAUCUGGAGGAAAAGGAGAACCAGUCGUAGAAAUGUCGUUUAUUGAGGCUCUAGGUGCUGGAAUCUGUGCCGGUUUGGCAGUGGAUUUUUCACUAUUUCCUAUUGACACCUUAAAAACACGAUUGCAAGCAAAAGGCGGGUUUUUAAAAAACGGGAAGUUUAAGGGCCUUUACAGAGGAAUUGGAAGUAUUUUUGUUGGAAGUGCUCCUGGAGCUUCCUUAUUCUUUACGACUUAUGAGACUUCUAAAAAAAAGCUCUCGAGGUCCAAGUUGGGCUUAAGCGACCCAGUUGUUCAUAUGAUAUCGGCAUCACUUGGUGAAAUUGUCGCAUGCACUGUUCGCGUUCCUACCGAAGUAAUCAAACAGAAAGCACAAGCCUCAGCAGGAUCAUUGAGUUCGAAGAAUGUGUUCAAAUCCGUAAUUAGUUCCGCGCAAGGCUGGAAGAGUCUUUACUCUGGUUUCAGUAUUACUAUUGCCCGUGAGAUACCAUUUACUCUUAUUCAGUACCCUCUUUGGGAAUACUUGAAGGCCCAAUACUGUAACUCACACAAGGUCGAUGUGGCUCCUUCUUACCAAGCUGCUCUUUAUGGCUCUGUCGCAGGCGGCGUUGCAGCUGCAUUAACAACCCCAAUGGAUGUUCUCAAAACAAGAAUGAUGCUCGCUCAUGGUGAAAAAACUUACUUUCAAACAGUUUCUGAAAUCUUAAGGCAUGAGGGUUUCACCGCCUUUUGGAGAGGUCUCGUACCCCGAGUUUGUUGGCUCAGUUGCGGAGGUGCCAUCUUCUUGGGUGCAUACGACGUUGUUUAUAAAGUCAUACAGCGUUUAGAGUAAUCAUGUUUUAUUAUAGUACCUCUCUCGGUCUAAUAAACACGCUGUGGUAUCUCUCUUUCCUUAUUUAAAUCCCAUUUCUUUUGGUUCUUAUAGAGCAACGAUUCAAGUAUUAGCAAUUUCGUUUAAGAAGCUUGCUAUCAAUUUGAGAAAGCAUAAUCAGAGACAUUCUGCAUAAACAAUACAAUGAAUGUAACUAAUACUUCUAUAUCCUCGAAAUCUUUUACAAACUGAAUUUGCGAAUAACGAUAAUUUCAAUUCUCGACAAGCUUACUAGCAAUCGUAUAAGAUAGAACACCCAACUCUCAAUAAUAUAAAUGCAUUGGUGAUUUUACACAGCGGGAAAUUGCUGCGUAUUCUGAGC